GUAAGUCACAGUCAGAGUCAGUCAUCGCUGAGAGGUGAGAUGGCGCAGAGAGGAGUUCAGCUGAACUGGGAAACUUUCUCUUGUUCCAUCUGUCUGGAUCUACUGAAGGAUCCGGUGACUACUCCCUGUGGACACAGCUAUUGCAUGAACUGUAUUAAAAGCCACUGGGAUGGAGAGGAUUGUAAGUACAGCUACAGCUGUCCUCAGUGCAGAAAGACAUUCACACCAAGGCCUGUCCUGCUGAAAAGCACCAUUUUAGCAGAUUUAGUGGAGGAGCUGAAGAAGACUGGACUCCAAGCUGCUCCUGCUGAUCACUCCUAUGCUGGAGCGGAAGAUGUGGCCUGUGAUGUAUGUACUAGGAGAAAACUUAAAGCACACAAGUCCUGUCUUGUGUGUCUCGUCUCUUACUGUGAUCAACACCUCCAGCCUCAUUAUGAUGUUCCUCAACUAAAGAAACACAAGCUGGUGGAUCCAUCCAAGAAGCUCCAAGAGAACGUCUGCUCUUGUCAUGAUGAGGUGAUGAAGAUGUUCUGCCGUACUGAUCAGCAACUUAUCUGUUAUCUCUGCUCUGUGGAGAAACAUAAAGGCCACAACACAGUCUCAGCUGCAUCAGAGAGAGCUGAGAGGCAGAGAGAUCUUGAGGGGAGUCGACUCAACAUCCAGCAGAGAAUCCAGGACAGAGACAAAGAUGUGGAGCUGCUUCAACACCAAGAGGAGGCCAUCAAUCUCUCUGCGGAUAAAGCAGUGGAGGACAGCGAGAAGAUCUUCACUGAGCUGAUCCGUCUCCUGGAGAAAAGAAGCUCUGAUGUGAAGCUGCAGGUCAGGGCCAGGCAGAGAAGUGAAGUGAGACGAGUCCGAGAGCUUCAGGAGAAACUGGAGCAGGGCAUAACUGAGCUGAAGAGGAAAGACGCUGAACUGAAGAAGCUCUCAUACACAGAGGAUGACAUCCAUUUUCUACACAACUACCCCUCACUGACAACACUCAGCCAAUCAGCAUCCAGCAUCCAUUUACGUCCUCUGAGCUGCUUUGCAGACGUCACAGUGGCCGUGUCAGAAGUCAGAGAUAAACUACAGGACGUUUUGAGAGAGAAGACAACAAACGUCUCACUGACGGGGACGGAAGUGGACAUUUUACUGCCACAACCAGAGCCCGAGACCAGAGCUGGAUUCUUAAAAUAUUCACGUAAAAUAACACUGGAUCCAAAGACAGCAUAUACAUGGCUGUUAUUAUCUGAGGGGAACAAGAAAGCAACAGUAAUGAGUCAACGACAGUCUUAUUCUAGUCACCAAGACAGAUUCACUGACUGGUCUCAGGUCUUGAGCAGAGAGAGUCUGACUGGACGUUGUUACUGGGAGGUGGAGAGGAGAGGGAGAGUUUAUGUAGCAGUCGCAUACAAGAAUAUCAGCAGAGCUGGGGGGUCGGAUGAAUAUUUCUUUGGACUAAAUGACAAAUCUUGGGCGUUAGAGUGUAACAACAACAGUUAUAAAUUUUGUCACAACAAUGUCCAAACUCCCGUCUCAGGUCCUCUGUCCUCCAGAGUAGGAGUGUACCUGGAUCACAGUGCAGGUAUUCUGUCUUUCUACAGGGUCUCUGAAACCAUGACACUUCUCCUCAGAGUCCAGACCACAUUCACACAGCCGCUCUAUGCUGGACUAAGGCUUUGUUGGUCUUCUGGCAACUGGGCUGAGUUGUGUAAACUGAAAUAGACAGAAGUCAUUUAAGGGUUAAAUUCUGAGUU